AUGAUAAAACAAUGCACUUCUAAGCUGGUUCGCCAGCAACGACAAUUGUAUCAACAGUUUCGUGCCUAUUCAAGCGAGGUGGAAACGCAACCAUCAGACUCCCUACCAAGUUUAAGAUAUCCCGACUCAAUCAAUAAGGAUCACUACGACUUGCCGAGCUAUGUAGCAUACGCUGAGCGGAUAGGACUUGACACCAGCACCACGACCUAUGUUGGCACUCACUACGAGUACACAGUGGCCGCAUCCCUCAAGAGAUUCGGUUUCGAGCUACGGCGGGUUGGAGGUGCUGGCGAUUAUGGCAUUGAUCUUUUAGGUUCUUGGUCUGUUCCGUCCACACCGCAACCCCUGCGUGUUCUGCUGCAGUGUAAAGCUUCUUCAGCAACCUCAAAGGCGAGAAUUGGGCCUGCCACAAUCCGCGAGCUCGAAGGUGCUUUUGUCGGCGCGCCUCCUGGCUGGCGCGGGAGCAAUGUCUUAGGGCUACUCGUGACGCAGAAAGCAGCGACAAAGGGCGUGGUAGACUCUCUUGGACGCAGUCGCUGGCCAAUGGGAUUCAUCUCUUGCCUAUCUGAUGGGAGCGUCCAACAGAUGAUAUGGAACGCCAAGGCAGAAGAAGAAGGGCUCGCGGGCCUUGGAGUUGCUGUUCGCCGUUCAACGACUAGAGCGCAGCAAGAGUUGAUGCUUACUUGGAAAGGGCAACCCGCAAUGCUUGACUGA